UAUGGCGAGGGAAUAAACAAAUAGUACGCGGCUGUGAGUUGUGUGAGCUGCGAAUACAGUUCUCCUUUCCGUGACUAACAGUGACGCUGUUUUUUACUCGCCUACCUCCCAGGUUUUGUCCGGAAAAUUAUAUUUGUCGUUGGGACGUUGAUGUUUCCCCAGAAAUCACCAAUGAAAAGAGCGAAAAUAGUUAGUCCCUUACUGCUGAGCACCUCUGUUGUACCUCCUCCGGUGGUGCGGGAUAGAAUACCGUCUGGGCACAUCAUAGAGGACCUCUUUCUUUUGUACUGUUUGGUACCGGAAUGGAAAGAACAGCCAACCCAUCACCCCCUUGCCGAUAGAAAACAAGGUUGCGGUUGUUGAUGUAUUAGCAGGACCAGAGGAAGACGUCGCCAAUAUGUUAACGGGAUCUAAAACCACGUUCAAAGUCAGACAAAUGGUCCCCGAUAUGAAGGAGAGGAUGCUGAGCCCUAGCGGACUGAACGCGAGGAGCCGCGACAUGUUUGGACUGCGUUGUCUACCUGGGGAGUGUGUGCUCCAGAGGGCCGUGUUGGUGAGGAAGAAGCUGACCGCCAGGGAGGGCGGGGGCUGGCUGGCUGGAACCCUCUUCUGCACCCACUUCAGGGUGUCAUUCGUCCCCCAGGACAGCCCCAAGCCAGACGACAACGCUGACCCUGUCUUGUUAGGGGAGCAUGAUGUGGCGCUGGCCUCCAUUGAAAAGGUUGUUGCGGUUGGCCCGUCCAGGACCAAGCUGGUGACCCCCAACUCGUCUCUGAAGUUCACCCCAGAAGAGCUGGUGCUUUACUGCAGGGACCUGAGGGUCAUCUGUUUCCUCUUCGACCGCCUGACCCCCGACACCCAGGCCGUGGAGAUAACCUACACCAUCGCUAAGACCUACCAGCCUCUCAAGCCCGGCUGUGUGCUGGCCUUCCAGAACGCCGCUCUGGGCAGCGUGGAGAUGAAGCAGUUCCUUAGCAACCGUCGCCGUGACGGCCAGAUGAACUGGUUUGAGUCUGUGGACGAGUGGGAGCGGGAGCUGGAGCGGUGCGGAGCCAAGGGCUGGCGGGUCAGCACGGUCAACGACCGCUUCGAGAUGUCCACCAGCUUACCCAGGUACAACGUGGUUCCACAAAGGGUUCUGGACACUGAGCUGAAGAGAACGUUUGCCCACUUCAACGAAGGACGCAUCCCUCGCUGGAGUUGGAGGCACCCCCGAGGCAGUGACCUCCUAAGGAUGUCCAGCUUCCAGAACAACAUCUACCACGAGAAAGACGACACCAGGAACCUGGAGCUGGUGUUGUUUGGGAGCCAGUGGUCUCUGUGUGUGGUGGUGGACCUGGGGGAGGAGAUGCCCAGCCCCGCAGAACUCCAGCUGGCCCACAGUCGCCUGCGGGCCCUCUGUCUGGGAGAUAUCUCCAACUCGGUAACGGUCCCUGACGAUAAGUGGUUAUCCACCCUCGAGAGCACCCAUUGGCUGGACUACACCAGGUGCUGUCUGAGGAAGGCGGGCGAAGUGGCCUGUCUCCUGAGGGGUGGUCACAUGACCGUCGCACUGCAAGAGUCGGAGGACCGUGACAUGGGCUGCCUGGUGUCCAGCCUGGUGCAGGUGAUGUGUGACCCCCACUGCCGCACCCAGGAGGGCUUCCAGGGACUGGUGCAGAAGGAGUGGGUGAUGUCCGGACACCGCUUCUACAGCCGCCUCAACUAUCACCGGGACAACGACAAGGAGGAGGCCCCAGUGUUCCUCCUCUUCCUGGACUGUGUGUGGCAGCUCUGGUCUCAGUUCCCGUCCCGCUUCCAGCUGACGGACCACUUCCUGCUGGCGCUCUACGACAGCACGCACCUGCCCCUGUUCUCCAGCUUCCUGGCCAACUGCCAGCGCGAACGCUGCAAGCGCACACAGCACCUGACCCAGACCUACACCCCCGUCAACGGCUGGCGGGACGUGCUCCCGAGGGGGGGGUUGUCACUGUCGUCGCCGACGGACUCCGUGGACCCCCCCCUACCCUCCGUCUGGGACUGGGCGCUGCAGUACGGCGGCGGGCGGCUGUCCCGCUUCACCCAGCCCGUACCCCCCACGCCCCCCACGCCCCCGCCCCCCGUGGUUCUAAACGGGAACCUCAACACCAACCCGGACAUCCGCAGGAUGAGCGACACCGUCCAGGGCUCGGUGUUCCUUCUCUCGAGGGGCUCGUUCUCCUCACCCACGAACCUCCUGCCCUGGCGGGGAGGAGGAGGAGGAGGAGGUGGGGGAGGUGGAGGCGUUGCUGCUGCUGUUUACAAGAGGAGCCACCGGAGGGCGCCCUCCUCUGAGAGCCUGUCCGGCCUGGAGAGGCUGCUGAAGGCCACGGCUCUGACCGAUGCCCCCCAGGGCCUCACCUCCACCUCCACCUCCACCACGGGCCCCCAGGGGUCACCCCUGGACCACUACGAGCCCUUGCUGCCCCUCCUUCUGGGGCCCUGCAUGCGGGUGUGGAAGGAGUGCUAUCUGAGGGGGGUGCUGCAUGCUCAGGCGUUCUCCCACCCCGUCUCCUCCAACCACGCCCACCCGCUGGUGCGUCUGGCCCUGGAGGUGCAGCAGCUCAGCGAGCAGCUGGCCCUGGCCUCCGCCUCCUCCUCCAACAGCUCCAGCACCGCCUCCACCAUCAACAAACCCCCGCCGCCCCGCCACCGCCGGCCCGACGCCAACCUCAACCAGAACACCAACAACGGCACCUUCCUGUUCCCCGCCCCGCGGGCCCAGGCCCGCCCGGUGCCUCCUGCUCCCACCUCUUCCAGCAGCUCCUCCAACCCCAAGACCUCCAGGGUUAACUCCUCCGCCUCCUCCUCCUCCUCCUCCUCCUCCUCCUCCUCGUCUGCCGCCCAUAAGGACCACCCCAGCGCCAGCGGCAGCGCCAAACACACCUUCCUCUUCGGUCCCCCGGCCUCAUCGGCGCAGGACCCCCGCGCCGAGCCGCGCUACUACCCCAACGCCAAGCUGCCGCACGGCAACAGGCCUACCAUUGGCUCCUGAGAGCUCCGCCCACCCCACUGUCGGUGCCCAGCUGCCACGGCCCUUCCCCCCCUGCUCUCUAUUAUAUUGAAGAGCUGUUUCCCCCAAUGACUGGGGAUUAUUUACAAAGGGCCCGCCCUUGAGUUCUGAGAUGGACCAAUCACAAUGGAGUGAGGAGGAGGUUACUCAGAGACCUGGUUGUCAGGGGCGACAGUAGGAGGGGACCUGAUUGAAGGGUUUUUACAGGAGCGAUGGAGGCACCCUGACUUGUAUCUGAGGUGUUCAAGAGUUGGACAACGUUGGACAACUACUUUGUUUGUGACUUUUCACAGAAUUCAAGUUAUCAGUAUUUAAUUCAUGGUAAUUGUAUCCGUAUUGUAUAAAGGCUAAUACCAAGAAGAAUUAUGGACAGAAAAUCUGUAAUUAUACAAGAGCUGAGUGGGUCCUCAGUCACCUGAACCUUUUUGAAGUUGGCUAUAUCCUCUAGUGACUAGUCACAAAGAGAAGAAGCUAAGACUGUUGGAUGGAAACUCCACGUAUGUAUGUAUGGCAGGUAUGGAGAUCAUUAUGGAUUAACGGAUGACCCCCUGACCCCUAGCACUGACCCCUGACACUUCAUGAGGCUUCUGUACAGCACCUCCUGACCGGUACAAAUAUGAUGCGUUGCAACCUUCUCAUUUACAGAGUGCAGAGUGCAGGACAGAGUGUUCCGAAAGCACACCGGACAUAAAGCAGGCCGAACACGCAGGUGCUCAAUGUGCUCUCCAGGAAAACAGUCCAGUGAGCUGAAAUCUAGAAUUUAGGGCAUGAAAGCUAUUCUGGUCCUGUUCUCACAUCUCUCCACGCGCGCGCCCGCCGGCAGCACGCACAAGGGAUUUAUAUUCAGCCCUGUGUUACAAAGAAAUCCUCUGCCUCUGUGGCACGAUGGGCACUUAUGGCUGAAUUCUGGUGGACUGUUCAGUAUUAGAAUAUAUAUAUAUAU